AUGACCUCACAACAUCAACACGCUGUAUUGAAAAUCGAGAAGAUGAAAAUGGCGUCAAAAAGUAAAAUACUUUGGGAGUCGGAUUGGUCGGCUGGCCUUCCCUACGACAACAAUAAGGGAGAAAUUGCAAUUAAAAUUCCAAAAGAAAUAUUGAAAUGCCAACAAGUGCAGAGGGAAAUUGUGUUUUCGUGCUCUCAACCCCUCAAAAAUCUUUCACUUGUUCAGCUUGUAAAGCUCAACGGAAACGACAUUGAGAGAUGGGAUUUUGAUUUCGGUUUUGUUAUUCCAAACAGCGUCAACUCUUGGGAGUCGGUGAUAGAAGCUGCAAAAGAAGGCACCAUUGGUCCUGAAGUAUUGUCCGGAAACGUGACCAUUGACACUGCUUUCUAUGAUGGUGACAACUUGGUUGCAUCAAAUCGAGUAAGGGUGUAUUAUGUUUAA